UGCGCUUCCGGUGCGGUGUCUCUGAUGUAGCAUCGGCGUGGCUAAUGAAUGAGCUAAGUCCGCAGGCUCCGGAGCAAACCCGUGCGAACCCGUGCCAUCCAACAUGUCGAAAGCCCAGGCGCUGCGGGAUCUGGUGAUGGAGCGGCUGGUGCUGGCCGCGGACGAGAUCUUCGCGCUGUUUGAACGCACGUUUGCGGAAUACGAGGAGGAGGUUUUGCGCUCCAAACAUCUGCAGCCGCGGAUGGAGCUACACAAAGAAGAUGCCCCCACUCUCAUCCUGCAUCCCGAAGUCCAGCACAGCCCCGACGAGCAGAUGGAGGAGGACCAGCAAACCGUGCAGGUCAAGCAAGAGGAAGACCACUCCUUCGAAUUCUCCGCCGCGUAUUCCGUCAAAUCCGAAGCCAACAUCGGAAUCCUCAUCCCGGAGCCGGCCGACGACGAGACGGAGUGCCCCACGGAGGAGCAGUGCGCCGUGGAGGAGGAGCCCGGCUGCAGUUUGAACCUCCCGCCGGACAAUAACGAGCAGAACUACGAGACCGACGACUCCGAGGACUGGCAUCCGGCCGACAAAGCCAAGAAGCCUCCCAAAAGUCCCGGACUGAAAAAGGACACUAAACGGGGCAGACCUGCUCGGAACGCCAAUGUGCUGUUGGAUAAAAACACGGCGAGCGAAAGGAAUUGUGAUAGUGUCGCGAAUGGCGGGAAGAAGAAGGGGAAGCAGCCGAAGUGUUCGGUUUGCGGGAAGACUUUUCAAACCGAGGGGCAUUUCAAAAAGCACUGGCUCGCCCACUGUGGACAGAGGCCCUUCAAAUGUCAAGUGUGCGACAAAGCGUUCAGAAACAAGGCGAAUUACAGAAAACACAUGAUCAUACACGAAGACGACAAGCCUUUCAUUUGUCCCGCUUGCAACAGAGGGUUUAGUCAGAAGUGCCACUUACAGGCGCACAUGAGGAUCCACACGGGCGAGAAACCUUUCAGCUGUCCAGAUUGCGGCGUCAGAUUCAGGUACCAGCGUAACAUUUACCGGCACAUCACCGCGGUGCACAAGGGUGAGAAACCGUUCAGCUGCCCGUUCUGCGACAAGGCGUUUUCGCAGAAGAGUCCUUUCAUCGUUCACAUGAGGACGCACACGGGGGAGAAGCCGUUCAGCUGUUCAGUGUGCAAGAAAGGCUUUAUCGAUAACUGUCACCUUAAGAAACACGCCAAGACACAUGAAGUUCAGAACAGGUGAAGGCGGAAGUAGCUCGAGCUCGAAUGGAAAAAGCUACGGCGUACGAAAGCUUUCAGAAAUAUCCGCGUGCGUACGAUAGAAAUCCGUGCAUAUCUGUCUGUAGUUGAGCGUAAAAGAAAUAUUCGUAAACUCUCAAAUCCAGUCUUGAGUCAAGUCUUACAUUAAUGUGUUUAUGUGUGUAUUUUAUCCACCAGAAUACGAAUUGAAAAGUUAAAAUGUCAAGAAUUACAACCACGAAAUGAAAAUUCACGAUUUCGCUUUCUUCAGUACGAAUACGAAUUCACAAACAUAUGUCAUUAUUUACUGAGCAGAAGAAACAUCGAUCGAGAUGUCGGACUUUUACACCGCAUAAAAUAAACACAAGCCAUUUUAUGUACGACUGAACUCAUUUGGGAGUUUACGAAUACCGUAUUUUCUGCACUAUAAGGCGCACUGUCAUUGAAUGGUCUAUUUUCUUAAAGACUCAAACCGUGGACGUGUAACCUGAACAUUUUACCAACAGCUGGACCGGAUUUUGCGAGACGAGCCCAGAGUUUAGGCGACUUCCGUAAACACUGAGCACGCUCGCCUUGUGUGACGUCGUCGUGUCGUCCAACACUCACGCGGGACACUUUUGGGGCGUUUAAUGUUCACACUGGAGAUCAUGUAAAAGUCAGUUACCGUAUUUUCCGCACUAUAGGGGCUCUGGAUUGAAUCAUUGAAUGGUUUAUUUUUGAACUUUUUUCACAUAUAAACCGCACCGGACUAUAAAUGAAACACAUGAGUUCGAUAAGUCAGUCAAACUUUAUUUAAUACGUUCACAAUAACUCUCAACUUUGUUCAAUUGUAACGUGUAAAAAAAAAAAAAAAUCCUGUCUGAGACGCAAAAUUGUUCGUGUAUUCUCAACAAGUCAUAAUAGUUCAAACAGUUGGGUGAUUCCGGCGUCCAGCACGUCCACAUCCCUCUCGUCAUUAUCCGAGUCGGUGUACUGUAUUUUCUGCACUAUUAGUCGCGCUCUUAAGCCUCAAACUGCAUCAAAAAACGGCCGCGCGCCGCAAUCCAAAGCGCCCCAUACACGAAUCCACUCAGGUGUCCCAACACGACUUCAGUAAACUACAAAGCCGCACCACCCGCAGAACACACAAACACACACGGAGCAGACAGCGACCGCACGGCGAAAAACAGACACACUCAUCACUCCACGCCGGCGAGGAACGGAACGAAGGAACGAACCGAAAAAGCGAGCGCAACGUGCCGCUUCUAGACACGACUGAACAACUGAGUCACUGCGAACACGCCGACAAUCCGUUGGUCCCAGACACUACUCCCUACACGCCACAACUGAACAAAGCCCAGAGUCACCGUGAACGACACAAACAAACAAAACCACCACCCAUCACACUGUUGGGUUUCCUUUAAAGUCCCACGCGGUUUAUUUGUGAAAAAAGUUUGAAAAUAGACCAUUUAAUGACUAAUAGUGUCGAAAAUACUGUAGUUACUGUUCCCUGGAGUUCAGUUCAGUGAUGAUUCUGGUCUUGGUGAAAGCUCGGACCACAGUUGAUCCUGAUCCUUGGCCCGGGCGUCCACGAUCCGUCGGCAGAUUGUGGCGUAAGUCGCUCUGCGCUGUCUCUCUGUCUUGGUGAAUGUGUGUUCUCCUUCGCAGCUCGCACUUUCACUUUAGAACAGCGUUGAGUUUAAAGUGGCCAUUGUGAGCGUGUCUCUUGACAGGUGCAUUUUGAUAUUAAAAGGAAUCACAGUAUGUUUUACUCCUGAUGCUCCUGACUACGGAGCCGUAACGCUGCAAGUGGAGCGGCUUUGUAGUUUACUAAAGUCGUACUAAGACGCCCCAAUAAAUUCAUGUAUAAAACGCUCUGGAUUAUAAGGCACACACUCGUUUUUGGAUGAAAUUAAAGACUUUUAAGUGCGCCUUAUAGUGCAGAAAAUACGGCAUUUAUUUUACACUCAACUACAGACAAAUAUGCACGGAUUUCUAUCUUUUACACACAAAUAUUUCUGAAAGCUUUCUUACUCCAUGAAAAACACUUUAUUUACAAAUAGAAAACAUAUCCGACGUUAAUUUUGAUGUUUUUUUUGUUGUUUUUUUAACUAUAAUAGUUACCCUAGAACCACGUUGCAUGUUUUACAAUCUUUAAAAUCUUAAAAAUAAAAGUUCGUAGAAGCUGUUUACGUCCAGCGGGUGGCAGCGACAAAACAGGAAAAAAUGCCCUAAACUUUUUUUUAACGAAGUGUUUUUUUAUUACAAAAUUUAAUAAACAUGACUUUUUGAAUAAACCAUUAAAGCCAUAGUAUGUAACUUUUUGCCAGAGAAAUACACUAAAAUAAAAGCAUGUUUUUGUUUUUAUCUCACUGAAAAACAUAAAAAACAUGCGUCCGUACUGUGAGCGGGCUUGCCUCUCCACAAACCUGACUCUUAUUUACGUUUUUUAAUAAGAGCCUGCUUGUUUCUACGGAAAUGUGGUUCCGACGGCGAUGAUUUUCCAAUAUAUUCCAGCAUAAAGGAGAAAUGGAGUUACGAAUUGUGUUUUUUUUUUUUUGGUUUUGUUUUGUUUUUUGAUUUACCGUCGCCGUGGAAUCUCGCAGUUGACUCCAGAAAGUUACAUACUAUUUCUUUAAGAGCGGAGCGGGUGCAGCGGAGGUGGGUUUGGAUCAGUCAGUGCUUUUUUGUUCAUAUGAAUCAUACGAAGCUUAUGUGAAUAUCUCUUGUAUUUAGCCCAGUUGUUAGCGUCUGUUACUCCUGUAGUUGUGCUCGUCUUUUAUCGUAGGUGUAAAUAGUGCACAGAAUAAAAACCUGAUACGACUGUACAGACCAGAGAAGCUUUUUCUCUACAUCCAAAUUACACUUUCUGUUUCAACUAAAUAAACAUUUAAGUGUCAAA